CCCUGGGCCCGGCGGGCUUCUCACUAAAUGGGGGCGGGCCUCCACGGUCCGAGUACUGCUUCCUGUUCGCUGGUGGCUCGGCGGUAGGCAGAGGCCACCGUUGCCCGCGCCCGCUGCCUGCGCGGUGACCGAGUCCCCCUGAGGCUCCAGGGCCGCAUCGUGGGCCGUUGCGCCAAGCCUGGCCCUGCCCUGCCAUGGCCCCUGUGCAACUGGAGAACCACCAGCUGGUCCCGCCUGGAGGCGGCGGCGGUGGCAGUGGCGGCCCCACGUCUGCCCCAGCACCACCUCCUCCAGGAGCUGCUGUGGCGGCGGCAGCCGCGGCGGCGGCUAGCCCUGGCUACCGACUGAGCACUCUGAUCGAAUUUCUGCUGCACCGGGCCUACUCGGAGCUCUUGGUGUUGACAGACUUAUUGCCAAGGAAAUCUGAUGUGGAAAGGAAAAUAGAAAUUGUACAGUUUGCUAGCCGAACACGCCAACUCUUCGUUCGAUUAUUAGCUUUAGUAAAAUGGGCGAAUGAUGCUGGCAAAGUGGAAAAAUGUGCGAUGAUCUCAAGCUUUUUAGAUCAGCAAGCUAUCUUGUUUGUGGAUACCGCUGAUCGCCUGGCGUCAUUAGCUAGAGAUGCGCUAGUCCAUGCACGCUUGCCUAGUUUUGCCAUCCCAUAUGCCAUUGAUGUACUAACUACUGGCUCUUAUCCACGCCUACCAACCUGCAUUAGGGAUAAAAUUAUUCCUCCAGAUCCAAUUACCAAAAUUGAGAAACAAGCCACACUUCAUCAGCUUAAUCAAAUUCUUAGACAUCGACUUGUAACUACAGAUCUUCCUCCUCAGCUAGCAAAUCUUACUGUGGCAAAUGGCCGUGUGAAAUUUCGAGUUGAAGGAGAAUUUGAAGCCACCUUGACAGUGAUGGGAGAUGAUCCAGAUGUACCGUGGCGUCUUCUCAAGCUAGAAAUUCUAGUUGAAGAUAAGGAAACAGGAGAUGGGAGAGCUCUGGUUCAUAGUAUGCAAAUCAACUUUAUCCAUCAGCUGGUGCAGUCUCGGCUCUUUGCUGAUGAGAAACCUCUUCAGGACAUGUACAAUUGCCUACAUUCUUUCUGCUUGUCACUUCAAUUAGAAGUGUUACAUUCUCAGACUCUAAUGUUAAUCCGAGAACGGUGGGGAGACCUUGUGCAGGUAGAAAGGUAUCAUGCUGGAAAAUGCCUUUCCCUCUCAGUUUGGAAUCAACAGGUUCUUGGGAAAAAAAUAGGAAUAGCAUCUGUUCACAAAGUUAUAAUUAAAAUUGAUGAGAAUGAUGUCUCCAAGCCUUUACAGAUUUUUCAUGAUCCUCCUUUGCCAGCUUCUGAUUCCAAAUUAGUAGAAAGAGCCAUGAAGAUUGACCACUUAUCAAUAGAAAAACUCCUGAUUGACAGUGUCCACGCAAGAGCUCACCAGAAGCUCCAAGAACUGAAGACCAUUCUUAGAGGCGUCAAUGCAAAUGAAAACUGUAGGAAUUUUUGGUGUAUAGAAAUGUUUCAAAAAUCAGCACCCCUACUUCAAAUCUCUUCCAUAGAGACUGCACUGCCAGCUAUUGUUGUUCCCAUCCUGGAGCCCUGUGGUAAUUCGGAGUGUCUACACAUUUUUGUAGAUUUGCAUUCUGGAAUGUUCCAAUUUAUGCUUUAUGGACUUGACCAGGCCACACUGGAUGAUAUGGAGAAAUCUGUGAAUGAUGACAUGAAACGGAUUAUUCCUUGGAUCCAGCAACUGAAGUUUUGGCUUGGAAAACAGCGUUGUAAACAAUCUAUAAAACAUUUACCCACAAUAAGCACUGAAACAUUGCAACUUUCCAAUUACUCAACUCAUCCUAUUGGAAAACUUUCUAAAAACAAGCUAUUUAUUAAACUUACCCGUCUUCCACAAUACUACAUCGUCGUGGAGCUGCUAGAGGUUCCAAAUGAACCUACACAACUGUCAUACAAGUACUACUUCAUGUCUGUGAGUACUCCAGAUCGUGAAGAUGGGCCUGUUAUGGCACUGCUCCUGCAGCAGUUCAAGGAAAAUGUCCAGGACGUGGUUUUGUGUACAAAACCCGGGAAACCAGCCAAAACUGGUACCAAGCGCAAGUUGUCUGAUGAUUCAUGUCCAGUGGAAUCCAAGAAAACCAAACGACCAGGAGAAACGUGUGCCUUCAAUAAAGUUCUAGCUCACUUUGUCGCUAUGUGUGAUACAAACAUGCCAUUUGUAGGACUUCGGUUAGAGUUGUCGAAUCUGGAGAUUCCACAUCAAGGGGUGCAAGUGGAAGGUGAUGGCUUCAGCCAUGCAAUUCGUUUAUUAAAAAUUCCUCCCUGUAAGGGUGUAAAUGAGGAGACCCAAAAGGCUCUAGACCGCUGUCUUCUCGAUUGCACUUUCCGAUUACAAGGCCGAAAUAAUCGUACAUGGGUGGCAGAGUUAGUGUUUGCAAAUUGUCCACUUAAUGGCACUUCUACCAGGGAACAAGGACCAUCCCGGCAUGUUUACCUGACAUAUGAAAAUCUGUUGUCUGAACCUGUUGGUGGUAGAAAAGUUGUUGAAAUGUUCCUUAAUGACUGGAAUAGCAUUGCACGAUUAUAUGAGUGUGUGUUGGAAUUUGCACGUUCUUUACCAGACAUACCUGCUCACCUAAAUAUUUUCUCAGAAGUUCGUGUUUAUAAUUACCGAAAGCUUAUUCUAUGUUAUGGAACCACCAAGGGAAGCUCAAUUAGUAUCCAGUGGAAUUCUAUCCAUCAGAAAUUUCACAUUUCUUUGGGAACAGUUGGUCCUAACUCAGGUUGCAGUAACUGUCACAAUACAAUUCUCCAUCAGCUUCAAGAAAUGUUCAACAAGACACCAAAUGUGGUUCAGUUAUUACAGGUACUGUUUGAUACUCAGGCUCCAUUAAAUGCCAUCAACAAACUCCCCACUGUGCCGAUGUUGGGCUUAACCCAGAGAACCAACACCGCCUACCAGUGCUUCUCUAUUCUGCCACAAUCAUCCACGCACAUCAGACUGGCCUUCAGGAACAUGUACUGCAUUGACAUCUACUGCCGGAGUCGAGGCGUUGUGGCUAUACGAGAUGGUGCCUAUAGUCUUUUUGAUAACAGCAAGUUAGUUGAAGGUUUUUAUCCUGCACCAGGAUUGAAGACAUUCCUGAAUAUGUUUGUUGACAGCAAUCAGGAUGCUCGAAGAAGGUCUGUGAAUGAGGAUGAUAAUCCUCCUUCUCCUAUAGGAGGAGAUAUGAUGGACUCCUUAAUAUCACAACUCCAGCCGCCGCCCCAGCAACAGCCAUUUCCAAAGCAACCAGGAACAUCAGGCGCUUAUCCUCUUACUUCCCCUCCUGCUUCUUACCACAGCACAGUCAAUCAGUCUCCCUCUAUGAUGCACACACAGUCUCCAGGAAAUCUGCAUGCUGCCAGCUCCCCCAGUGGGGCUUUGAGGGCCCCAUCACCAGCGUCAUUUGUUCCAACUCCUCCCCCAUCCUCGCAUGGAAUCUCAAUAGGACCAGGGGCCAGUUUUGCUAGUCCACAUGGAACUCUUGACCCUAGUUCCCCAUAUACUAUGGUGUCACCAAGUGGUCGAGCAGGGAAUUGGCCGGGAUCUCCUCAAGUGUCUGGCCCCUCACCAGCUACCCGUUUGCCUGGAAUGUCACCAGCCAACCCAUCACUACAUUCUCCAGUUACAGAUGCUUCUCAUUCUCCUCGAGCUGGAACAAGUUCCCAGACAAUGCCAACAAACAUGCCUCCACCUCGUAAACUACCUCAGCGCUCUUGGGCGGCAUCCAUACCUACCAUCCUCACUCAUAGUGCCUUGAACAUUUUACUACUGCCCUCUCCAACACCAGGCCUCGUGCCUGGCCUGGCAGGUAGUUACCUUUGUUCUCCACUUGAGAGGUUUCUUGGAUCCGUCAUCAUGAGAAGACACCUUCAAAGAAUUAUUCAACAAGAAACGCUGCAGCUAAUAAAUUCCAAUGAACCUGGAGUAAUCAUGUUUAAGACUGACGCACUGAAAUGCAGAGUAGCCCUUAGUCCCAAAACCAACCAGACCCUUCAGCUAAAAGUGACACCUGAAAAUGCAGGACAGUGGAAACCUGAUGAACUUCAAGUUUUAGAGAAAUUCUUUGAAACAAGAGUUGCUGGACCACCAUUUAAAGCCAAUACAUUAAUAGCUUUCACCAAGCUAUUAGGAGCCCCUACACACAUCCUCAGAGACUGUGUGCAUAUUAUGAAGCUAGAACUGUUUCCUGACCAGGCAACACAGCUAAAAUGGAAUGUUCAGUUUUGCCUGACGAUCCCUCCCAGUGCACCACCAAUUGCACCUCCUGGGACACCUGCUGUAGUGCUGAAAUCCAAAAUGCUGUUCUUUCUUCAACUAACUCAGAAAACAUCAGUCCCUCCCCAAGAACCUGUUAGUAUUAUAGUUCCCAUCAUUUAUGACAUGGCUUCAGGUACAACCCAGCAGGCAGACAUUCCCAGACAGCAGAACUCUUCUGUUGCUGCUCCCAUGAUGGUCAGCAACAUUCUAAAGAGGUUUGCAGAGAUGAACCCUCCACGACAAGGUGAAUGCACAAUAUUUGCAGCUGUUCGUGAUUUAAUGGCUAAUCUUACACUGCCCCCUGGUGGGCGUCCGUAGACACUAUUGUUUUUAAAACCAGGAAGGCUGACAAAUGUGACAAAACAACAAAAAAAUGAAUUCAGCCUUCAGGUUUAAAAAGGAAAAGGACUUUUUUUUUAAACUUUUAGAACUAAAUAUUCUAAACUGGCAAACAUUUUCAGGGUGCACUUCUUUCAUCAAAAAAGAUCAUCAAUUUUUUUGUAUAGUGAACUUGUAUAGUGUGGUUAAAUGGGGACACAUUUCAAACUAGGAUAAUACAUCAGUGUCCGCUUGCCAGUAAUAGAUUUAAUAUUCUGUUUUAUACUAUAAAGAUAUGAAAAUGCCAAACUUGUUUAUUUAAUUGUCUCCUUAUGUCUUGGGUGUAAUAGUCCUUUUUUAUUUUUGUUUUUGUUUUGUUUUUUUAAGGCAGGUCUGUCAUUUUUGAAUACUGUAAAACUGUGACAAACUUUAUAUUGGAGCUGUAUUUUAAUAUGACCGCUUUGAAUCCUUACACAAAAAUGUUCUGGGAGUCGUUAUAAACACAUCCCAAAGAAGCAAUAUUUAAUAAAGCUAGGUGAAAGGUGACACUCACUUAUGUGUGUAUAAUAAGCUCUAGGAUUUUUAUAGGGCCUCCUCCCUUCAUCCUUAACCUGAUGGAGAAAGUAAUUUUCUAAUAAUGUCUGAGAUUUGACCCAAAACAUCAGUUUCAAGGUUAAUUUUUUUCUUCAGACAUUCCUAACAAGUGGAGGUCACACUUAGCCCCUCAGUUAUCUUUCAUUGUAGAAAUUAAUUAUGAAAAGAACUGAGUUUUUGAGAAGAGACAGUGCUUUAUCUUGAGAAAGUCCUUCUCAUCUGUUGAGGAUAUGGGAGCUUUUUUGGUAGGCAAAUUUUAUUUACAGGAUACUUCUGCAUACAGCAUUAAUUAGGAAAUGAGGAAAUUUAAUGCUUGACCUUUGUGCGAAUUUUCUGUGGUAUUUCUUUACCUUCACUUCUCCUUGCCUUCCCCACCAAAAUUGGUGUUGUUUUGAACAAUCUUAAGUGAAUUCAUUGUCAACAAAAUAAUAGACUGUUUUACUUGCAAGAAACUUGGUCUAGUCAUUGUAAGAGUCCUCAAGACUCAGGGCCUAUGCAGGCAGGGGCCAGUGAAGUUUCUGAUGCAUAUCUCAGCGGAGUUUCUUUUUGGAAUGCUGAACUGUCUCUCCUAGUCAGGGACUUUUUAAGUUUCAAAGAACAUAAUCUGAAAUGACUGUCUUCUGGCGACUUAAUAUUGUUUGGGGGAAAAAUAAUUUAAGAUAAUAACAUGCUAAGUUAUUUAGUCACUGUAAUACUGGUUCUCGAUUAAAUUUUAGAUGCUUUGUCUAAUUCCACUUAAAGAUGAUUUAAUUACACUUUUAUAACUGUAAUCUCCAAGUUCUAGUUUCAAGCAUCUCACUGCCAACUGUAUCAUAUCUGUUCUUAACUUUGCUUGAUUCUCUAUUCAUUUCCGGUCAACGGUGAGACCUUUGUCUUCUGUGUCUUAUAUCUGCUUUCAUCUCCUGCUUCUCACCCAACUCUGCCACUGUUCCAGAGUAGGUGACUAAACUUUUAUCCUUCCUUUAACUUACCUUUUUAUCCUUCUGUUUUCAGUUCUCCUUAUAGUGAUUAUCACAUCAGUUUGGCAAUCUAAGAUGUCUUUUAUCAAGCGUCAGCCCUUUUCUAUUUGGAGCUGAAUUCUUUCUUUCAUGUAGAAAUCUACAUGUAUAUAUAAGAAAUGUAUUUUUAUCUGCAGGAUGAUAUUGUGUCACAUUUUAUUAAUAGAAUUAACUUUUCAGGUAUCUUCCUUUUUGAGUGUGAUUUUGAAAUGUUAACUGCAUUUUUAUACAUGAUGCAUUCAAUGAACUUUUUCUUAAUUAUGAAUGCAUUGUGCAAAUCAAAAGUAAGAUAGGAAUCAGCAAUUUUCUUUUGAUGCUUAUUAAGAGUAAAUCAAUGAAAUUGAAUUUUGAUAUGCUUGGUACUUGGAAUUGGUAUAUGCUUUAUUAAAGCUUGAAAAAUAUUUAGCAUUGGAAUCAUAAGUUUCAUCUCAAACCAUGUCUUUUGCCUCUUUUGUUACCCAGGUUUGAUCAAAGGGACUGGAUAUUCAUAGUGAUUUCCCUUAGUAGAUGGUUUGGGACUUAAUUUUAAGGUGUAUUCCAUGUAACUUUAGUAUUUACAGUAAUAAAUAAAAUUUAUACAAGCUUCAGAGAACUA